UGUUGUCAGAAACCGAACAUUACUGGUACUUUCGACAGUUGUGUGCACAUUUGUGUUCUGUGACAAACAGCAUUGUGUUGACUUGUUGGGACAAAUCCCGGCGCAUUAACACGUAUUGUUGUAAGCUUCGGUUUGCUUCUGUUGCUUCCCUAACCAAUAUAAAGUUUUACAGCAAACAGUACAAGAGCUUCUCGUAUCAUCAUAAUUUGUCCCUCAACACCAACAAAAUAAUACACAAGUUACUUUACACGGAUGAAAUGCAAUAGGGGCUCUAUAACAUACACGUACUACUUAAAUUUUGCAGAUAAUGCAAAAUGCCAUGUUUACUGAAAAUGCCAGAGGUUGAGUUUACUUUACAGUGAAGAAAAUACUACGACAUGUAGCACCAGUCGUACUUAGACAGUUUUCGUGACCAUGGUCAAAUUUUUCUAAUUCGCACCUGAAAACAGGCUUGUUUACGAAGCUAUCAGACCUGUUUCAGCAAUUGUUUAAGCAAAGGUCAACAUGGGGGUAACCCCCUUUCAGUUUUCGAGGAUUAAAUUCCUAAGUCCUUAUAGUAUUAUAAUGUCAAAAGAUACCUCUAUUACCACGGAAACAAAACCAAAAAUACCCAAAUUGAAGUCAAGAAAUAGCUGGCAGUUUCGGCGGUCACUUAGAUAAGAUAUUUUAACUAUUGUGAUCGGGUAUUGGACUCUGGGAUAUUUAAGAUCUUCCGGCUAUUUUGGAAUCCUGAUUGCGCUUUCUCUAUUAUAGUCCAACCUUGCGAGUCGAUAAUUUCACUUGAAGCUUCAAUAAAAUCGUGAAAAUUGGUCAAAAUCUUCGGAUAAAAACGAGAUAGGAAUAAAAUAUGGUAGGAAAACUGAAUUCUGAUACAACGCACCUAAAAGUAUUAUUUCGAUAGACUUCCUGUUUUUUUUAACCCUUCUUCAUCCAAUUAAAAUUCAUAUAUCGUUAUCACUCUUGCGUAACUGACCCUUGUCAAAUAUUCUAAAGUCAAAGGGUUAAUCCCUCAGAGUUCUUCGCAUUUCACACCGGUAACUAUAGCGCAAGACAAAGGCAUCAGCCGGCACAGCAGCAAACCGGUGGAAAAGUAUCGCGAUCGUUGCCUAUUGGAUCCUGAAAUUCUCAGAGGUAAAAAACCUACGCUCUGAAGACGUCUUUGACUGAUGGAAGGACACUUGAUAGGACUGUUGAUAACGCAUUCCUAAUACCAGCUUGUCGACCACUGUCUCUUAGCGCAUCCUGUCGCAAGCAGCUCCAAUCGUCAAUUCGCUUCCCACGAGCAAAUUUUGUCGUCUGUUGUCCAGCAGCUUGCAUCUUGGAUCGAUAAUAACCACCUAUUGCCGCGAAAAAACGGCCGGCUUCGUACAAACGAAUGUUUGCAAAUAACAUCAGCGGUUCCUUAUCGAGUUUUGUCGCAGUACAUUGACUGACUUACGGGUCCCACUUACAAGAAUAAAACGCAGUCAACUGAAGAAAGUCAACCAGACGCGAUUUUAGCCAGGCGAACGAGCGUGCCUCCGCCGUCAACUAAUGAAAGUUUCGGACAGGGACAUGGACUGGAUCUCGAUAUUACUCUAUAUAUUAUGUGGGUGCUGCGCAUUCCUUUGCUGCGUCGUUGUGUUCCUAUGCAUUACCGUGAGGCGAAUCCGUCGAGACUUGAAUGAACUCGCGAGAAAUGGAAACAUUAUUUACACUGAGCCCAUAGAAAGCGAUAUCAAAGGGAGAAAAGACAAUGAUGAGACUAACAGAAAAAGGAUGAGCUCGUCCGCCAACCGUUACACUGUGGAACCAGGCCAAGCAAAGCCACCAAACAGGUUGUCUGCGAUACAUAUAGCACCGGAUGAAACUGUCACAUACCUUCCCAGGCCUGGCGAAGAGAUUGCUGCUCAGAACGAUGCCUCAACUCACGAGACUAUUGCCUUAGGAUACGUCAACCAGUCUUUCCAACCAGGUGCUAAUGCCGACGAAAGGCGCCCCACCACCGGUAGCGACAACGCAUGCGAGAACGACCAGCCCAUUUGCCCCGAUACCAAUGGUGAAGAGAUUUACGAAAAUCAAGGCUUAGACGAGCCAAUAUACGUGAACAGGGGCGAAAUGGCGGAUUUGAAUAACCCCGAAAUGCCCGACAGAUCAUACACAAUGGAUAUAAGUGAACUUAGGUGAGAAAGAUAUCUCCCCGAGGAUUACCGAAGCCUAAAAUAAAUGGCUUUAAUAGAGACCUGAACCGAAUGAUACCGUAUCAUCGUUUAUCCCUUGGACUGCCCUGUUUGGAAUUCUUGCCCAAUAUACUUAAAACACACGGAGGCUGACACAUCAGCUGCACAAUUAAAGAAACAAUGCAAUCGAAGAAUGAAAAUUAAUUCCAGCAGUUGUCUUUGAUCAGGCUGGCUUAAAUGUCGUGACAAAAAUUUGGACGUAACAUAUUCAUACGUGAUAUCUUUGCUCUGUAUCAGAAAUCUGUUCGUACCGUUGCUGUUUUAGGGGUGAUGGACAGUAUAACAAAUGUCAUAGUUUGUGCUUGUAGGCUGAAUAAACAAUGUAACCAUCUUUUUUUUUUA